GUAUGUAUUUAAAAAAUUUCGCUCUUUAUUUGGUAAAGAACAAAUUGAAACAGAACGAUAACAAAAUGUAAAUGAAUUUUUUUAAAUACCGAAAAUUCAUUCCAGAGUACAUGACACACAUAACACCAACUGAAAAUGUGAAUGCAAUCCACAAUUAUAAGCUACUUAGGAGUGAAUCACAGCCAGAUAACUAAAUAUGUAUCCCAAUCCACGACGCAAUGAUUUCACGGUAUUAGGGGCGACCGGAUCUGGAGCCGGAACGGAAGCCGCGGCCGGCGAAAACACUUCUGCCACAGUAGGAUGUCAAAAGUCAUUGAACUACCAGCUUUCGCUAAAAUCUAAUGGAGAUGAGUCAAUGAUCGCAAUAGCCGGUCGAUUCAGUCCGCAUCCGAAUGAGAUAUACUUGGCUCAGUCUGGUAAGCUAACAAUACCAUUGGCCAAAUUUGAUGAUACGCUAGUUAAUGGCAGUCUGCCACCACCAUCACCGGCUCCGCAUAGCGAUUGCUUGCCGACAAGUCUUAGUCAAAAUCAAAAUCAAUCGAAUUUUCAUAGUAAAAUCGGUAUUUGCAACAGUAAUGCAGCGAAUCAACUACAACAGCUAAAUCUAAAUAAUUUUCAACAUCACGCCCACUCGCAAUGUCAUCCGUUGUCAUCAUCGAACUCGUCUUCGUCCCUCUGUACAAACAAUUCCGUACUAAGCAUGCAGCCUGACAAUUCGGCAAGUACUCACUAUAAGCAGAUUGACAAAUAUAGUAUUCAGCAGCAUUCAAGUGCUACACGUGCCAUGUCGCCCAACACGAAAUAUCGCUAUCGAGACUCGUCACAAAAAUUGAAAUUAAUGGAAGCAAUAAACUUAGCAACAGUUGCAACAGCAACGUCUUCAGCUCAAAUUCAAAUUCCGACUUCAGCUUCGGCUUCGGCUUCAAACUCUGCUUCGGGUACAGCUUCAUCAAUGGGAAGAUAUUUUAUAACACCCAAGCAAGUGAUGAAAUGCGAUUCAUAUGGUGCUUAUUUGGGGCCAACGGUGCAUACACCAGUGAAACGCUAUGUUCCAACACCACCCCCAGUUAGUGACGUAUACUCAGACUUGCCGGUAACGUCACCCUUGCUGCAAUCACAAUAUGUGAAUAUACCAUAUAGUUAUCGAACCAAGUGUUGUCACAAUGAUCACCAGCAAAGUGAAACUAGCCAGCUACAAUCCAAUUACUCGAAAAGUGAGCAGACCUACAAUAUGACAUCGACAUCAACAACAUCUACGAGCUGUCCAUGCUCGUCCUCAUCGUCAAUCUCAUCGUUUCCAACACCACUAGCUGCAGCGAGUGUAUGUUCACCAAAUGUUGGAUCUAAUACAAAUGGUGUUGGAACGUGCAGCAAAUUUCGAUCGUCAGCAAUUGAUUCACGUUCCAUAAUCUGUAGUAACUCAGAUGAGAGCGAAGCCCUUAUAACCUUACAUUCAACAAUGGCACAGAGCGAAUCACAGCGUCAAAACUUAACCCAAAUUCAGGCUCCGAGUCAAGUUCAGGGUGAAGACACUGGCGGUACCUGUUUGCAUUGUAAUACAACGCGGCGCACAACGGGUGUGCAUCAGACAACUCAGACAACUGGGCCAAUUAGCCCAGUACCAGUAGGGCUGCCCAUGUCAUCGGAUCUGGGUAAGCUAAAACUGCACGACCAGGAAAUUUUAUUAGCAGCUCAAGGCAAUAUUAUUGCGUUGGAUGCAAAUUCUUCUGAAAUAUAUUCGAUGUCACAACAACAACAAUUGAAGAUCAACGAAACCUUUCACCGUCAAACACAGCACCCACAGGAAAUCUAUCAGGCUGCUCAGCUUUCUAACUCUCAUAAUUUGCAGCAGCUUCAGAAUCUCCAGCGACAACCAGUCUCCAUGCAACACAAACAGCAGCAACAGCAACAGCAGCAACAGCGUCAGCUUCAGCAGCAACAGCAGCAACAGCAUCAGCAGCAACAGCAGCAGCAGCAGCAGCAGUUGCAGCAACUGAUUCAUCGGCAUUCAUGCAAGAAACGUAUAAUAAUUCAUUUGAGAAGGGAAAUUUCGCGUUUCUUUGGAGUGGAAGCGAGUACUGAAGCAACAGACUUUGCCAUCUGGUAUGGACGCCAUCGACGUCUGGCAAUCAGACGCUUCGGUCCAUUGAACGAGCUAGAAUUUAAUGUGGACAAUGGACGGGAUGGAACAAUUAUUGAGGCAAAUGGGAAUAGCAAUAGUACUAACAACUACUAUGCAACCGAUCGUCCCGAUAUAUUGCCAGCUCAAGAUUCGCAGCAUGCGAAUGUAUCUGUUGGGACUUCUAGAUGGCGAAAAUGUUAUGCCAGAAACGAUUUUAAUUCCAAUGAAUUUGUGGAACGAAAAGCUUCGGUGGCACAUAUGUUGAUGACAGGUGUUAGCUAUUUGAUCAACGUAUUCCAGUUACGGUCUGCGAAUUUCGGGCACGCUAUCAACAUUAACCAGCGACGUCAUCGUCAAUGGUCGCGCAGUUUUGCACCAAUCCAUGUGCAUGGCAGAGAACUGGAUAUGGAUGCUGUUGGAGAUUGUAACAUUAGCAUUGCCGAUAGCCUAGCUGCGUUGAUCGAUGACGAGGUCUUCUUUGAUUAUCCUUGCGAUAUUUCAAAGUCUCUAGUUAACGAGGAGAACUCUGAACAAGCAAACAAACAUAAUGGAGUCAUAGUUGGUGAUAGUGUUGAGACCAACGUUGGUGUUUAUAUGGCUGAGCGACAUCAUAAUGGUUGGCGCAUAUCGGCUCUUAACGGCAAUGGAAAUGGACCCGAUCUUCCUUUGAUGCCUGAUCACAUGCCUCUCGGCGCCAGCAACAACAGUAGCAAUCCUGUUCCAUCUCUGUUGCGCGCCAAUUUACCAUCAAAUUUGACAUCAACAUCAGCUAUGAGUCGUGGGAACCGAAUUACCCCUAAAUUGCUCGAUGGAGUUUUAGAGAACUCGCGUCGUCCACAAAGGCAACACAUCAAAUACUUGGCCAUUAAUGAUUUGGACGAUCGUUGCGAUCAUAGGCCCUUCUUUACAUACUGGAUAAAUACGGUGCAAAUUGCUGUGCUUUUACUAUCAAUUGUUUGUUAUGGCAUCGCACCGAUAGGCUUUGGCAACGAUCAAAAGACCGGACAGGUGCUGGUUACUAGUUUAAGUCUGCAAACGGUGCAGCACAUCGAGCAGCGAAAUCUUUGGAUAGGUCCUCGCAACAAUGAUCUUGUCCACAUGGGUGCCAAAUUUGCAGCCUGCAUGCGGCGAGAUGUUAAAGUAAUGGAAGUUGUAACAAAAACCCGAAGACAGGAGCGUGAAACGGCCUGUUGUAUACGGAAUGAUGAUUCCGGCUGCGUGCAAAGCUCACAGGCGGAUUGCUCAAUACGGGGUCUUUAUCCAACAAAGUCCAUAUCCACUUGGAAAAAAUGGUCACCCGGCGAAUCGGGCCCCGGCGGACGGAUAUCAGGUUCAGUAUGUGGUCUAGAUCCAAAAUUUUGCGAUGCACCCGCUUCGAUUGCUCCGUACGAGUGGCCCGAUGACAUAACUAAAUGGCCAAUUUGCCGGAAAACUAAUUCAUUUUCUCAACGAUAUCGCUAUAAAGAUCACACGGCUGAGCAUAUGGUCUGUGAAGUGAUCGGUCAUCCCUGCUGUACCGGAGUCUAUGGAGAAUGUAGGAUAACCACACGCGAGUAUUGUGAUUUCGUUAAUGGAUACUUUCAUGAAGAAGCUUCUCUCUGUUCACAAAUAUCCUGCCUGAAUAACGUUUGCGGCAUGUUUCCCUUUAUUGCCGUGGAAAUACCAGAUCAGAUAUAUAGACUUCUGACAUCGCUGUGCAUGCAUGCUGGCAUUUUGCACUUGGCAAUUACGCUUAUAUUUCAGUAUUUAUUUCUCGCAGACUUGGAAAGAUUGAUUGGCACUUUGCGGACAACUGUAGUUUACAUAAUGUCUGGCUUGGCUGGAAAUCUAACCAGUGCAGUUCUAGUACCGCAUAGACCUGAGGUGGGACCCUCAGCAUCUCUUUGUGGUGUAGUGUCGUCGCUGGUUGCACUCCUCUUAUGGAUGCAUUGGAAGCAUGUGAAAAAGCCAUACAUGUCAUUAUUUAAGAUGUUGCUUUUGACAACAGUUCUUUUCGGAAUUGGUACACUGCCGUAUCAACUAAAUUUUGCUGGACUUCUGGCUGGGUUUGGAUGUGGUACAUUUCUAACAAUAGCGCUGGUACCAUUUGCGUCUUUCACCAAGUACAGACGCAGGAAAAAGAUAAAUCUUAUUUGGACAUGCCUGCUGUUCCAUUUCUUUAUGUAUAUGACUCUGGCGACAACUUUUUACAUUUACCCCAGCGAAUUUAACACGUUUAGCUUUGUGGAUGAUAUAUUCGGGAGCAAUAAUGGCAACAAAUACAUUGUUCCUACAAACAGUAAUAUAGGUCAGCACCAUGGCGAGGUAAGCAGCACAACCCGCAGAUAUUCCGAGACACAAAAGCCUCAAUAUUAUUAUCACCAUCACUCGGAAGACAUAAUCCGGAACACCGUAGCAUAUCCUGAAGUUAAUACUAAAUCGCACAUCUAUGCAGAAACUAAGGCGCGUCGGCAAAAAGAUUUUGAUCUCUGGCAAGAAGGACUUUACCCUCGAUCAUUUCGCUACAGUUCCAACUAUAGCGAUCGCAUAUAUAACAAAAUUCAAUCGAAUCUACUGUCGGAAACAAAUCUAUUAAGCCACAAGACACAAGACUCGCUUGUCCCAUCUUCGACCCGAAAGAAAAGCAUUUCUCGAAGUAUAAAGGAGGCGUUGGAUCUUAAUACCAACACUAAACAUGUUGAAAAUAUAAAUGAUAAAAAUUUAAAGGGCCUCUAAAUCUUCCCCACUCAAAAUAACACAUCUAUGUCAAGCAACAAAUACACAAUAAAUAAUUGCACUAAAUACUACAAUAUGUACAUAAAUAUACAUACCUAAACAUAUAUGUACAUGCCCACAAAAAUGCACAAUAUUUUGCAUGUAUCGUGGUCAGUACUUAAUAAAAUAUUAAAACAAUUUAAGAUUUAUCAACCAAA